UAAACAAGUACUUACAAGCUACAAUUUCUCCGGUUUAAUCUCUCCCUAUCUUUUACAAUCGAAAACAAGCGCGAUAAUGGCCUUCUCCGCAUUCACAUCCUUCAUGGGCAAUCUAUUCCAAGACCCUGCAGCUACCUAUUGGGGCAAGAAACUCUCCGAAGAUGGUGAGAUGCCGUCACCUAAAAUGGCAUGCCUGAUCGCAGCAAUAUUCAACUACUACAAACAAGGAGAUGGUACCGAAGUCAUCCAUCCCCACAGCUUCAACUCCAUACUCCAGGCCUUUGCCCGUCCAAACUUCGGCCCUGGCGCAGCCAAACUGCCAGCGCAGCCAAUCAACAAACUUGCAAGAAAAUACUACACCAUAAUCGGUUUGAAAUACACUGUGGAUGACUCGAAGGCAAGCUUUCGCAGGCCUCUACUUUCUGCGCCUAGCUUCAGCCUUUGGAUCAUGCUGCAACUUUGCACCGCUCCCGAAGCGACGCUGGAAUCACUGAACACUUUUCUUGCCCAAAAGAACCUCAUUGACCCUACCACUGGAGAAGAGUUCACGUACAAGUGCAUUCCGAGCGAAUGUUUGCCUCAGGUCCGCACUGAUAUGGUUGAGUUCCAAGAUGGGGCGACCGAGGAAUGGUUAGAAGCACGGACGAUAAUAGUCAAUUACUGGAACGAGUUCUCGACUCCAAAGGUUAUGGAGAACACGGAAAGUCUGCAGGUGAAGACGGAACUUUUGAAGCUGGACAAAGAAAACAAAUCGACAACGAAGACACCUUCCGAACCAGCGAAAAUGAAAAUCCGCGGUAAUAUGGCGGCCAGAGCAGAGAAAUAUUUGCGUGAUUUGGAGGCAGCGCAGUCAUCAGCUCCUCCACGCCGUACGACCGCAUCUUCUUCUUCUGGUGCCCCUUCCUCUACUACUGGCAUGCAAUCAAAGCAAGGGGAUGACGCAACGGCGCUGCGAGAUAAAGAGACACUGAAGGAGUCUGAAGAACGGCUCGCGUUUACGAGGCACCAUAUGGCCAUGCAACAGCAGCACAUGCAUCAGAUGCGCAUGAAUCAGAUGCGCAUGAAUCAGAUACGCAUGAAUCAGAUGAACAAUUAUGCGCAGAUGCAGGCUGCAUCUGCUAUGCAGCACUCUAUGGCCCAGCAGAGUAAUGCCAUACUGUAUGGUUUUGCAACACAGUUGGGGGCAAUGGUGAAAGGUAGAAUCUUGCUUAUGAAUCUUAUAGAGUUUUGGGUUUGGUAUUAAGACGUUCAGGCCGGUUUAGCAAUGUAGGGUCAGAGCUGUUGUUUACGAAUUUAACGAUGUGUGGGUAAUAGUGAAGUACAAGGAAGUAUGUAGAGCGGCGUGUUACUGCAGAAAGUCGGCUAGGGAUCUAAACCCAAAGGGGAAUGAGUAUCCUAUCUGAUCAGCUAGCCACCUAGCUUCUUGACUCGCCUCAAUGAAAAAGCCUA